AUGAAAGUCGAAUUGAGUAACAAACAUAAUGAUGCUUUUUCUGCAUCAUCAAUUAUAGGAGAAAAAUUAUUACGAGGCUGGACAUUAUUAAAUGCUAGUUGCCAUAUUUGCAAAAUAACCCCUUUGAUAAAGCAAAAAAACAAGGAAGAAAAUUUUUGUGCAUAUUGUAAUUUAUAUAUUAAAACAGACAAAUGUGAAAAUGAUGAACAAUUAGAAAGUAAUACAUCUUUGGAAAAUAAAGAAAUAAAUAAAACAAUUAAUGAAAAUCACAAUGGUGAAAAGAUGGAAGGUAUUAUGGUUAAUCCAGAAAACAAUAAUAUUUUUGCAAGCUCAAAUAUAAAAUACAUAAAAGAAAUAAAAUUACAAAACGAAGAAUUUAAUGAAAUACUAAAUAAAAAUAAUAUUUCAAAAAAUGAAAUUAAAAACUUAUUUGAAUAUAAAAAUUAUAUAAAGGAAAGAUGUGGAUAUGAUGUUGGUAAAUGGUUAAAAAUAGACAAUAAUAAUUAUGAUGAAAAAAAAGAAGAUGAAGAAUCUACUAAUGCAAAUUCUUAUAUAAAAGAAAAAAAAAUUGAUAAGAAUAAUGAUAUGUUUUUUUUAGAAAAUAAAAAUCAAGAUUUUAAAUUUAGUAAAAUUAAUAAUAUGAAUAUAUCUGAUUCACAAAUAAAUAAAUAUAAUCAAAUAGAAAAUGAAUUAUUAAUUUUAAACAAAACAAAAUAUGCUCUUAUUAAAAAAUUAGAAAAAUAUUCGCAUAUCUUAGAUAAUACAAAUAUAAAAACUGAAGAAUUUGAAUAUACUAAUGAAAUAAAAAAAACUAUAGAAAUAUUAGAAAAAAUAAAUAAUCUCAAAAAAAAUAUUGUUAUAUAA